AUGCCGUCUGAUGCAAAAAAACGUAAGGACGCAAAGAAAAAAGAAGCUGCAAAACAACGUGGUCAGAAAAAAACACAGAAGGAUGAAGAAACGAAUGGAGAGCAAACAAAUGGAGUUGAAAAUGGUGUAACAGAAAAUGGAAGUGCGAGCGUGUUGGCAGAGCAGCUUGACGGACUGGACUUGGCGUCAGAGUUCCGCUCGUGUACGGGUGUCCUCGCCUCCCAUCCCGACAGUCGUGACGUCCACAUUGAUGGUCUCUCUAUCACAUUUCAUGGUUCAGAGCUUCUCAGUGACACAAAGAUGGAACUCAAUGUUGGCAGGCGGUACGGUCUCAUUGGUUUAAACGGCUGUGGAAAGUCCUCAUUAUUGGCAUGCAUCGGUUCCCGGGAAAUCCCUGUACCUGAGCAUGUAGAUAUAUAUUUGUUACGCCGUGAAAUGCCUCCUAGUGACAAGACAGCGUUACAGUGUGUGAUUGAGUGUGAUGAAGAAAGACUGCGACUUGAGAGGGAGGCAGAAGCCUUGGCCUCGCGAGCAGAUCAGGAAUCUCACGAUAGACUGAUGGAUGUCUACGAGCGAUUGGACGAAAUGGAUGCAUCAACAGCUGAGGCCCGUGCGGCUGAAAUCCUCUGGGGUUUGGGAUUCACUAAGGAAAUGCAGUACAAAAAGGUUAAAGACUUUUCAGGAGGUUGGAGGAUGAGAAUAUCUCUAGCCAGAGCUUUGUACAUAAAACCAGCACUGCUGCUAUUGGAUGAACCCACGAAUCAUUUAGAUUUGAACGCUUGUGUCUGGUUAGAGCAAGAGCUGAAGGAGUACAAGCGGAUAUUGGUGGUAAUAUCCCACUCGCAGGAUUUCCUCAACGGUGUCUGUAACACCAUUAUCCACAUGAAUCUGAAGAAACUCAAGUACUAUGGUGGUAACUAUGACGCAUACGUUCAAACAAGAAUGGAACUGGAAGAAAAUCAGAUGAAGAGGUUUCGCUGGGAACAAGAUCAGAUCAGUCACAUGAAGAACUACAUUGCCCGGUUUGGACAUGGUAGUGCAAAGCUGGCUCGCCAGGCCCAGAGUAAGGAGAAGACGUUGAAGAAAAUGGUGGAUGGGGGACUAACAGAGAAAGUCACUUCAGACAAGACGUUGACGUUUUACUUUCCGCCAUGUGGGAAGUUACCUCCGCCUAUCAUCAUGGUGCAGCAUGUCAGCUUCAGAUACUCAGAGGACUCGAAAUGGAUUUAUCGUAAUUUGGAUUUUGGUAUAGACUUGGACACGCGUGUUGCUCUGGUGGGGCCAAACGGAGCCGGCAAAUCCACUCUACUCAAGUUGAUUCUAGGAGAGCUGAUCCCCACAGAUGGUCUGAUCAGAAGACAUUCCCAUGUGAAGAUCGGCCGCUACCAUCAGCAUCUGUCAGAACUUCUUGACCUGGAGCUGAGUGCUGUUGAUUGGCUACAGAAAUGCUACCCAGAGGUGAAGGAGAAGGAGGAGAUGAGGCGUAUGGUCGGGAUGUACGGCUUGACAGGGCAACAACAAAUCUGCCCCAUGAAGAACCUGUCUGAUGGCCAGAGGUGUCGAGUCAUCUUCGCUUACAUCGCCUGGCAAAACCCUCAUCUGCUACUCUUUGACGAACCUACAAAUCACUUGGACAUCGAGACUAUUGAUGCAUUAGCGGAGGCCAUGAAUGACUUUGAAGGGGGCAUGGUGCUGGUUAGCCACGACUUCAGGCUCAUCUCUCAGGUUACUGAAGAAAUCUGGAUAUGUGAGAAUGAGACUGUGACAAAGUGGGAGGGCGGCAUCUUCAAAUACAAAGAGGAUUUGAAAGCCAAGCUUGAAAAGGAGAAAAUCCGCAGGGAGAAAGCCUUGAAAAAAUGAUGAUCAUGGAAUUUAGGCAAUUGUUAUGGAUUGUGAAUAUCAACAUUUUGUUGUAUCUGUCUAUUGAGGUAUAUAAGCCCUACGAAGAUUUAAAUAUUGCCAGCGUAUUACAUGCAGCAUGCUACACUGUAUAGUCCUCAUACUUGUAUACAUACUGCAUUGCAGGGCUGAGUUGAUGUUGUUGGAUCAGCAAUGAUGUGAACUCAUCGGUUGUUAUUUAUAUUGAGCUGUGUUCAAGGAUGCAAGCUUUGAAUCUUGCUAUUGUGUCCUAAUAGUGUGGUAAGUCGGAUUUUAAGCAACACAAUAAAUUAUUAAGCACAUUUAA